AACGAAACUUUCGUUUAACAUAUAAAAUUGUCGUUGACGCUUCUCGCCCUCAUUUAUUGCGUUGGUCUCAAGCUUUCAUCUGUGUCUCUCUAUUCCUCACACACAAAACACGCACCAGAUCCCUCUGCUUUCAUCUAGGGAUCCUUACUUGAAACGAGAAUGGGGCUAUCAUUCACUAAGCUUUUCAGCCGGCUUUUUGCCAAGAAAGAAAUGAGGAUUUUGAUGGUUGGUCUUGAUGCUGCUGGUAAGACAACUAUAUUGUACAAGCUCAAGCUUGGGGAGAUUGUGACAACCAUUCCUACUAUUGGCUUUAAUGUUGAGACUGUUGAAUACAAAAACAUCAGCUUUACUGUGUGGGAUGUUGGCGGUCAGGACAAGAUUCGUCCACUGUGGAGGCACUAUUUCCAAAACACACAAGGUCUUAUAUUUGUGGUUGACAGCAAUGAUAGAGACCGAGUUGUGGAGGCUAGAGAUGAGUUGCAUAGAAUGUUGAAUGAGGAUGAGCUACGAGAUGCAGUGCUACUCGUAUUUGCUAACAAACAAGAUCUUCCGAAUGCAAUGAAUGCUGCUGAAAUAACAGAUAAGCUUGGUCUCCACUCUCUUCGACAGCGCCAUUGGUAUAUUCAGAGCACCUGUGCAACCUCAGGGGAGGGACUUUAUGAGGGGUUGGAUUGGCUUUCCAACAACAUUGCUAGCAAGUCAUGAGCAGAUGCAAAGUUGUUUGCCGGGAGUGGUUAUGGAUGCAGAAUUAUUAUCUAGUUUUUUCUUCUUUUGGCUCCCCACCCACACUAUAUUAGGGUCGCCACCACUGUCUUUAAACCAAAGCUGGACCUAAACCUGACCUUCAAGUGGUCGGAAAGAAUGCCGGGUUAUAUAUACGAAUUCUGGAGACAAUAAAUACUUGUAUGAGUAAUUUGCAAAUUUGUAAUAUAAUGCUUGUAUGAUGUUGAGACAUAAUUUUCCAUCACUUUCCGAUUUUUGGUAGUUUAUUCCUUAUUGGUUUC